CUGUUCACCGGACGGAGUGAGCUGGCGGAGUUGGUCAGUCUUCUGCUCUGGAACUGAGUCGGGGAAGGGGUGUCGGAGCCCCGGGAAGGUGGAGCCAGCUCCGCUGUCGGUCUGGGGUACUCGGGGGACUGCUGGCCGGCAGGCCCCCCGCCUCACUGCAGUUAGAGAGCCGAAGAGCCCGAGCAAACUCCCCUCCUCCAAGGGCGCAAAAACGGCCCAAAGCAAAGGAAACGAGCCCGCGAAACUCCGGGCAGUGUUCACCUUGGAGCCCAAUGCGUGGAGCAGGGAUGGAAGCCGGGCUGGUGGCCUGGGCGACGAAGCUCUGGAGUGGGGACCUGAUGAGGCAGACGUCCACGCAGGUCUGAGCUGCACUGCCCUUUGGCCCCAGGUGCCGUGCUCCCAGAACAUGACCACGGCCCAGAACGGCCAUGGGCCAGGUACUGCAGCACCCUGUUCUGCCUCUGACCUGAAAGACCCCAAGAUGGUGACGUCGGCGGCGUGUCGGAGUGGUGGGUACAGAAGCGACCCCGAAGCCCCAGAGGCCCGGCUCAGCCCUUCCAAGCUCGUGCGCCUCUUCUCCGUGAGCCGCAAGCGGGCCAGCGCCGACGCCGAGAGGCCGCGCUCCGUGGUGCUCAUGGGGACGUCCUCCACGUGGAACGCCCUGGCCUCCUUCCGCAAAAUGGGAUCUUUCAAAAAACUCAAGUCCUCCAUCCUUCAAGGGAUUCAGAACCGCGAGGCGUCCGAGGCCUCCAAGGAAGACGCAUGGGAAGGUGCCCUGGGGACAGUCGUGCCCAACGGUGCGGCGGUGGUGGCGGUGGGCCCUGGCCCGGACCCGGCCGGUGGCGCCCCCCGGACAGGGGACAGUGGCUCCGAGGGCUCUGACGAGGACGCCGACGCUGAUGCCUUCCAGAGAAGCACGCACCGCUCCCGCAGCAUCCGCAGGGCCUACGGCCUGGGCCGCAUCAGCCUGCUGGACCCGGAGAAGCACCUCGCGACGCCGAACCGAGCAGGACCCCUGUCCUCCAUCCCACAGGAGCCGGUGCUGGGCGAGGUUCCAGACGCGGAGCCCGCGGGCCAAGGCGUCGCCGGCCGCAGAAGCAGGAGCACGGACAGCCUGGCCUUCAGGAAGAAGGGCUCCGUCAAGCGGAAGUCCACCUCCAACCUGGCCGACCUGCGUGCGGCCUGCGAGAAGCCGGCUCCGCCACCGCCACCCCCGCGGAUACUGAGCCACUCCUCGGCCGACUUGGAGAAGCUGGGCGGUGCGGAGCAGAGGGCCAGGCGCUGGAGGAGCCCCCUCGGGGUCAAAGACUUCGACAGGGUCUGGAAGCUCGUGAGCAGCGCGGCAGACGCCACCUGGAAGAGAGAGCGCCCCAAGAGCGAGGCAGCGCCCCCUGGUGGCGGGGCGGGUCCGCGGCUCCGGCAGCGCAGCCGGCUGCACGAGGACUAUUCGCACCGAGCGUCCAGCAGCUGUGAGCGUGACAGCAGGCGCCCCGGGCCCCGCAUGGACGCGGACACUGCCGUGUACCCUCUGGAGGCCGUGGGCCCCUGGGCCUCAGAAGGGGACUAUCCCCGCACCAGCAGACCCCCGAGUCCGACCAGCACAGAAGCACUGAGCAAAGCUUGCGAUGACCCCAGCGCUGGUGGCCAGCUGACCUUUGACCCUGGGCCACCCCCCACCCCUCCAAGGCCCGUCACACCCAAGCCCCAGAGUCCCCAGAGCCCAGGGCCAACGAGCACCAAGUGUCCCAGCAGUCUCAGUGCACUUUCCCUGACCUCAGUGCAGAGUGAUGGACGGGCAGAAGACCCUGUCCAAAGGGAGCCAGGGCCCGGGUGCCUCCAGGAUUCAGCCCAGGACACACGUGGGGAGGACAGCAGCAGUGACAGCAGAGGGGGCAGCCACACUCAGCUGAGCCCCAGGGGGGCGGCCAGUCCAGAGGAAAAGAAGGAAGAGGUUGUGACUGGUGAACCCUGGAGGCCAGGCUCAUCCCAGGAAGAGGAGAGGACCGAGGCAGCCAGGAUCUCCAGGAGGAAAUGGGGCUCUGGGAGGAAGAUCGGACCACGACCACUGUCUGACUAUGGCCAGCUGGCCACCCGAAGCUUGUCCAUUCCUGAAGACUCUGUUGCCGUGCACCUGCAGAGUGAGGACUGUGUGGACGGGCUGCCCGCGGUGAGCAUGACCUCAGCCGGCUGCCCUCGCGGAGGCCGGAGAAGACGCCCCAUUUCUGUGAUUGGAGGAGUCAGCUUGUAUGGCAGCACCCAGCCUGAGGACAGGGAGAGCCUCCUAACCCAACCUGCAGCCAGGCCUCCUGUGCCCUCCCACCAGGUGCCACCCUACAAGGCUGUGUCGGCCCGGCUGCGGCCCUUCACCUUUUCCCAGAGCACCCCCAUCGGGCUGGACCGCGUGGGCCGGCGGCGGCAGAUGAGAGCAUCCAACGUUUCUUCAGAUGGAGGCACUGAGUCCUCUGCCUUAGUGGAUGACAAUGGCAGUGAGGAGGAUUUCAGCUAUGAAGAACUCUGCCAGACCAACCCUCGAUAUCUACAGCCAGGAGGGGAGCAGCUGGCCAUCAAUGAGCUGAUCAGCGAUGGCAGCGUGGUCUUCGCAGAGGCCCUGUGGGACCAUGUGACCAUGGACGACCAGGAGCUGGGCUUCAAGGCUGGUGAUGUCAUCCAAGUCCUGGAAGCCUCGAACAAGGACUGGUGGUGGGGCCGGAACGAGGACAAGGAAGCCUGGUUCCCCGCAAGCUUUGUCAGGCUUCGAGUCAACCAGGAAGAGCUGUCGGAGAAUUCCAGCAGCUCCCAUGGCGAGGAGCGGGAGGACGGUGCUGGCCCCAGCUGCCACAGGCAUUCCGAGAACAAGCACCAGAUGAGGACCAACGUCAUCCAGGAGAUCAUGAACACCGAGCGGGUGUACAUCAAGCACCUCCAGGAUAUCUGUGAGGGCUAUAUUCGACAGUGUCGCAAGCACACAGGAAUGUUCACUGUUGCACAGUUAGCCACUAUUUUCGGAAACAUUGAAGAUAUUUACAAAUUCCAAAGACAGUUCCUGAAAGACCUUGAGAAAAAGUACAACAAAGAGGAACCUCACUUAAGUGAAUUAGGAUCCUGUUUUCUGCAACAUCAAGAGGGCUUUGCCAUCUAUUCUGAGUACUGCAAUAACCACCCCGGUGCCUGCUUGGAGCUCUCCAACCUCAUGAAACAGAGCAAGUACAGGCACUUCUUUGAGGCCUGCCGCUUGCUGCAGCAGAUGAUCGACAUUGCCCUUGAUGGCUUCCUCCUCACACCCGUGCAGAAGAUCUGCAAGUACCCCCUGCAGUUGGCUGAGCUGCUCAAGUACACUACGCAGGAGCACAGUGAUUACAACAAUAUCAAGGCAGCCUAUGAGGCCAUGAAGAAUGUAGCCUGUCUUAUCAAUGAGCGCAAACGCAAGCUGGAAAGCAUCAACAAGAUUGCUCAGUGGCAGGUGUCCAUCAUCGGCUGGGAGGGCCUCAACAUUCUAGACCGGAGCUCAGAGCUGAUCCAUUCCGGGGAGCUGACCCGGCUCACCAAGCAAGGCAAGAGCCAGCAGAGGACGUUCUUCCUGUUUGACCACCAGCUGGUAUCCUGCAAGAAGGAUCUGCUGCGCCGGGACAUGCUGUACUACAAAGGCCGCAUGGACAUGGACCAGGUGGAGACUGUGGACGUGGAGGAUGGGAGGGACAAGGACUGGAACCUCCACGUGAGAAAUGCCUUCAAACUCGUCAGCAGGACCACAGACGAGGUGCACCUGUUCUGUGCCAGGAAACAGGAAGACAAGGCCAGGUGGCUGCAGGCCUGCGCAGAUGAGAGGCGGCAGGUGCAGGAGGACCGGGAGAUGGGAAUGGAAAUCCCAGAAAACCAAAAGAAGCUUGCCAUGUUAAACGCUCAGAAGGCAGGGCAGGGGAAGUCGAAAGGCUACAACAGCUGCCCAGCGGCCCCUCUGCCCCAGGGCCUGCACCCCCUGCACCAGCGCCAUGUCACCGUGCCCACCAGCAUCCCCCAGCAACAAGUCUUUGCCCUGGCAGAGCCCAAGCGGAAGCCCUCGCUCUUCUGGCACACUUUUCAUAAACUCGCCCCUUUCCGAAAGUGAGCCCGAGGGUAUGUCCCUGGCCAGUGGGAACAGUGCACCAUUCUAGUUGCUUCAGGGUGCAAUCCCGGGACUGCCUUGGGCCCAGUGCUACAAACUUAUUUUGGGGAAUCAAUGAAGAAGAGAAGACCCACUCUUCUGAGACCCAGCUGCAUCCCCAGAAGGAGGAAGAGGUCAGGACGCACCGCUUAGCCUGUACCAGAACCCUGAGAUGCACCCAAGGGGCCAGUACUGGGCAGCCCACGUCGUGCAGUAGGGGGAGCCUUGCUGGUGACAAACACACUCCUACUACAGUUCCAGAGCACCCAGAGCCUUUCAGUAACCAAUGAAUAACUACCAGACGUUCUCUUUUGUGUGCGAUUUUGGAGGGAAUUGUCUUGACGCUGCCUCCCCUAACACACAUCUGGUCACACCUAGAAGGUGAGCUUAUACUCGGUUCUGUAGCAUUAGGGACCUACAGCUGCUGUGGAAAUGGCCAUGGUGUCAUCUGAGUGCACACAGUGGCCGAAUGACGGCAUGGGCUUCACCUUAUAAGGUUCCUCUUCACAGGCUGGAGAAAGUCAUCUGGCAGCGUGACCUGCAGUGCAGAGGACCUCACACUUCCUCCAGAGAGUACUGCCUCUGAGGCAGAGCAGGCUGCCAUUGUCCUUGUCAACCCUGCUGCAUACCUGGUGUGGUUCCUCAGGCGGAAGUCACCAUCCCGUUCACCCAUCAUAACCUAAGAAAUUGCCACUCACACAACUGUGAUGUGUAAAAAGCUCACUUCCUGUCAUUUAUGACACUUGUUGGAAAGCAUUCUUAGAGCAUCUUGUGCGCCUCCUGCAAUGGUUUCUCACAUCCCCGCUGACGGAGUUACAUAGAUGUGGACUUUUCUCAAAGAAAUCAGAGGCACAGAGCAAGUCUGCUUUCCUGGGGAUUUGAAGCCACCUUUGUCACGUAAACCCUCAACAGUAGCACAUGGCCAUGCCUGCAUGCACACAGUAGAUUUCUAAAGUGUCAUUCUCUGUGAGACCUUGACAAAACUCCCAGACUCAGAGCAGUGUUGUAUAACGAAGGCCACACAGGCUGAUACCUGCAAAUAAUAAUCUCCUUUUUUUUGUCCGUAUUGUAAAGUUUGAUGAAAAUAUCUUUUAACUGUGUCUGGAAAAGACAGACUCUGCAUUGUAUUCUACUCAUUGCACUGGCUGGGGAACACUGUGUUACACAUUUGUGGACUAUUUGAGAAGUUCAUUUUUUUGUAUGCUCUUCUUAACAGUGGUGUUUUAUUUUGUUUUGAAAUCAUAGGCCCAUGAUUGAGAAUAAACAAGUGUAACAAUGUCAGAGACAAAAGUGUUGACUCCAGGGAUGUGCAUCCUGGGGUCUCUUCAUCCCCUUUCCCCAAUUUCAGAGCUGUUGCUGAAGGAGGUGAGAUCACACAUUAAGAAAACAUAAUCCUGGACCCUCCAUAGGGCGUUAUGUGGCCAUCCAAGACCCUGCGAGCUGCUGAGCCGGUGCAGGGCCUGUGGCGAGCAGCUCCUGGGUUGCCUCUCUGGACUUUCCCACUGCAGGUCCUAAGACAGAAGUGGUGCUGUGGGAUGUGUGUGUGUGUGUGUGUGUGUGUGUGUGUGUGUGUGGUGUGUGUAUUUCAGUUGCAUUUAUAUAACUGACAUUUUUACUAACAAAAUGUAAUGAUAUAUUUUGGAAACUACUUAACAUGCUUUUCAGUGCUAACUAGACUUGUUUAGAUGUACAGUAAUUUUGAACAGUUUCGUUUUUAAUGUAAUAUAAGAAAUUUUCUUUAAAGAAGUAAAGAGAAUCAUGUGUUUAUGUUACGUUUUCAGUGCAGAUUCAACUCCAGUAAAGAGUCCCUCAUAGAGCUUCCAUUUGGUAUUAUUUACCAAUGGACAAUGAAGAAAUGCUUUAAGCUUUUUGGCAAGUCCUUAUCUAUUUUUUCAGCUGAGCCCUUACUUUUGGUUCCCACCUACCUCCGUGGACUUCCUAACAGAGAAUUGAACACACAGACAAGUUUUUAUUAAGCUCAGUUCAAGACCCAGGUUGCUUCAGUCAGAUUUAUACAGUGUGAGAAUCAGUUGAUCAAAUAAUCUGUCUUGGGUAGAUCCUAUUUGGGUUUUCAGGUAAUUCUGAAAACUGCUGAUACAUUUUUUAAAAGAAUAGAGCAUCCUUUGACUUCUUGAAAAUCUGUAUGUCUGGCUUGGGUUUAUUACCGGGUACCAGAGUUCUGCAAAGGUGGAAGACCUCAAGUAUUCUCAUUUUCAGUUUGCCAAAGUUCCUUCUUAAUUUAAGUCACAUCUUCCACUCGAAAAGAAGCAACAAAGUGCCUUCUACCUGGAUUGUGUGUGAAUUUCAUUGGAAAUUGCCACCCUGUCCUGUUGUGGGCCAAACAAAAAGAUGAUGUAACAUUUUGAUGACUUUCAUUUGUUCUUUAAUGUUAUAGAUUUUGCCAAAUCUGUUGAGACAGUUGGAAUAGCCUUGGGUCAAAAGCAGCCAUCGAAAUUUUGAUCAUAACCUAAAAUGUAGUAGGCUGUAAGCAACCAUAAUAGUUGAAAAAUGUUAGUGAAGUAACAUUCAUUGUCCCUGCCCAGUAGAAAGAGGGUGGCAAGCAGUUUGCCAGAGUUUUCAUGGGACACUGUUAACAUAAUUUGUUUUCAUUAGGUCUGAGGUUUGUUCCUGCUGGUAGAUCUAAUUCUGUAGUUGAAAACAGGCCACCACCAUCUAAAGCCAUUUGUAAAUAUUGUGUCUUUUUAUACCCAAUCAAGUUGAAGGUUGUAUGCCACGUUGCACUUUGCUGUUGUCUUUACAUAAAGCAAACGUACACUUAAUUCAGAAUUCAAUUCAUAAUAGAAAUCUUCUGUAAAAGGGUAUCAGGUGAUCCAGCAACUUGCCAGGUAGAAAUCUCUGCAUGCUUGAAUUACUGACAUUCCUCAGUACAAGUCAGCUAUGUUUUCUCAACAGAAUAAAGCAUUCUGACUGUGAGAGAGGAGACAAGUGUCCCUCGGGGCAGUGUCAGCAAGUACACAUAAAUGUCUUUUUGGUGGUUUGCACACUGGACAUGACUUCUGGGUUAAGCAGCUAGCAAACAGUUUUCCAUAUACUACACUUUUAAUAGCUCUCUUUUAAAAUCUUUUUGGCCAAUGCUGUUUGUUUUCAGGAUGUAAUGGACCUGGAGUUCAAAAGACUUUGGGAAAAAAUAAAUGGAAACUUUCUUCUAGCUGGCCUUGGAGGAAAAAAAACUCCAGAAGCUUAUGUAUUUUAUGUAAACUUACUUAGCUCCAACAUACUUUUCAUUGCUGCUUUUAGUCAGGCAUUGACAUUUGUAUUUAGAAAAUACUUUGAAUAAUUCUGUAAUUUAAUAAUCAUUCUCCCUUUUUUGGGGGGCCACAUAUUAGCACCCAAUGUGGUUUCUUAGUCUACCUUGGCUUUUAAUAACGUUUUAACUUGUCCACAUGAAGAUAACGUCAUCUGUGUAAAUCAGGUGACACUUCUGAACUUGGCUUUAUCAGCUGAAGUAUGGUCCAAAAGAUUGCUAUAACUUCAUAUGUAUUUUUGUUGAAUGCUUUUUUGUAAAAAAAAAAAAUUAUUUACAAUGUUAUUUGAAUGAUUUCUUGUAAAUGCUGUGAAUCUGUAUUUGUUUUGUAUCUGUAUAUUAAAAUUAAUUUGCCAGUUUC